ACACAAUAUUUGUUUAUUAUACAGAGACCCAUGAUGGUAUAUUUAUAAGUCAUUGUGCUGAUACAUGGAUAGAUGCCGAGGAAAACUGUGAAGAAAAGAAAGCGACAAUAGCCAGUUUAAAUGAAUAUAAACAAAUAAUCGGGCCUAUUCAUACACCGGCGUUUAACGGCGACAGUGAUAAGAAAGUCUAUUGGACAAAGAGCUUUUUUACUCCAUGGCUUUGGUCAAACGGCUGCUUCAAGUUUACAACAGAGACAUUUAAAUAUCAGGAAUUUAACUUAGAUAAUAACACCGCUCAAGCAUGCCUUCAAAUGUGUAGUAUCGAGUCGGAACCAUCAUCAUUUCUUUUAUCAGGACAAUUUUGCCGUUGUUUGCCAACAAAAUCAUUGAAAUCCAACUUAGAAGAGGUAUUACCGGGAUGGUGCAAUAGGAAAUGUUUUGGGGACACUUCAUUUUUCUGUGGAUCUGGAUUAUCCGGCCCAGAUUCGUACUGGAGUCUUUAUACUAUAGCAUCUGAAGAUACAUUCUAUAAGAUAUCCGAUCCACAUACCAAUCAACUUAAGCAAUGCGCUAUUUUAGAAUCAUCAAGAAAAUUGUCAUCCGAGAAAUGCUAUAAACGGGUUGGAUACAUUUGCGGACAAAUUUUCCCAGGAAAUAUGACGUUACCAAAGCUCAUGUUCUUCCAAAACAGUCCAUUUUAUGAAGUAUAUAUGCAAGAAGCCAGAAUGAAAUGUACCAACGAUGAUAGCACGAUGCGACUAAUCGGAGAAAAUAUUUUAAAACAAGAUGUCAAAUUCUCCCAGCCAUUUGUUAAUUUAUGGGUUGAUAUUUCAAGAGUUCUUGCAGAUGCUUACUCAAUAUAUUGGAACCCGAUAAAUACUGGAGAUAAAAGCCUAUGGAGAAAUCUGGAGCCGAGGUGGUGCAGGGCAACUAGGCAGGGAGACAUCUACUUCUCUGAUGAGAUUACGGCUUGCAGUACCCGGUUACGAUACAUUUGCUCAAUGGAUAACAAGAAAGGCCGGCCGCCGACAACAAAUGGAAGUUCCUCUCAGAACGCCAAUGAUACAGGUACAGGGUACAAUAAUAUCAGUAUUACAGAUGCUGUAGACAUUGAGAUUACGCACGUGACUCACGUGCAGGAGGAAAACAGUACACAAAGCAUUAUUAUAGCGGUAGUGUGUAGUCUUUUGGUCGUUGGCAUCAUAUUUUUGAUAGUAUUUCUUUUAAUCAGAAUUAGGAAGAAAAGACGGAGACAACAAGCGGAGGAGCAGCACUGCCAAAGCCAAUUCUCUCGAACACCACAAAACGCGUAUGAUGCUUCUAUUCGUGUUCACGCAAAUUCACAAGAACAUAUUUAUUCAGAAAUAAAAACCUCCGAAAAUAUCUACAAUGAAAUUGAUGCUUUAAUAAGCGAGACAAAUAACACAGAAAGCCCACCCGACGAACCUAAUGAUACAAAUGAUGCGACUAAAGUGCCGGUGACAAUGAAAAGAAGUUAUUCUAGUCCAAAAGACCUUCAACAUAUGAUUGAAGGACAAGAAAACCAAGAAUUAAAAGAUCCAAAUUAUGUUUACCCAUAUGACAAAGUUCAAAGAUCUGAUACAGAUAUUGUUUCAUCAAAUGAAACAGAUGAAAAGACUUGUGAAGUUGGCGAGAAUGAGAUUACUGACGAGCAUAAUAAACACACUGUUGUCUGAUAUUAUCAAUAGUGAGUGUUAUAUAGUAUACGACCGUGGGAAAAACGAGAACGGACAGUGUAUUUUAACUGCCUUUUCAUGGUGUCAAAGUUUACGUUAUUUAUUUGUGAAUGAUAAUAAAUUCGACCAAUUCAUUCACUGUACAUGCAUGCUAAUAAUUGUAAUGCCGGAGUAAGCUGUGCUUCACGCAUAUUCGGCCGUCAUAAGUAAUGUAUAAUAUGCAGAAAUAUGCCGAAUUUUAAUAAGAAUAUGAUGGAUACAUUAUCAUAUCUUCUGUUUAUUUAUAGAUGCAUAUUUCAUUCAGAAUCUGGCUUUACGCAGGGUAUUAUAUCAGAUUGCAUCAAGUGAUAACCAGAAAAAAAGUUUUAUCUUUUUAUUCAUCAGUUUUGUUUGGUAUUUAAAGAUCUGAUAUUUAAACAGUAACGUUUAGUUCAUAGAGUUAUUAAAUCAUUGCAGUCCCAUCUAUCUCAUUAUUUUUGUUUUGUAAAAAAUCAAAUGCUAUAAAUUUUCUAUUUUGCCUACAUUUAACGUGUCAAAGAAUUUCAUUUCAGCAAACCCGUAGCAUCAUUUUCAUUAAGCUUAUCAUAAGCUUUCAUUAAUAAACCAUGUUAUUGUUAGUGCUUGCUUAAUUGGCAAUAUUGCAUGAUUAUAACAACAUAGAACUUUAAUUUCAAUUGCUGAUGCUUUAAAUGCAGUAGGAAAAAACUCACCUACUUUCAGGCAUUGGUAAUAAAUUCAUAUUGGCUACACCACACCUUAUUAUAGUAUAAUGUGUCACUAAAUCACACUUUUGUCGUUAAAAUAUUUGAAUAAAAAUUAAAUUUGAAUACAUGGUAUUGUAAUUCUGAUAAUGUUUGUUUUUAUUUAAUUGAUUGAAGGAAUGAUAAAAGAUAAAUAUUUGUUAUAUCGUUGUUACAGUACCUUAUCCAGUUUUACAGUAUAAUAAUACGAGGAAAUAAAUGUUAUGUAAUAUUUCA